AUGGGAUUGCUCCGUUGUAUUCUCCGCCCGCUAUGCGUCCUCAUGUUGUUGGCGUCGUACCUUGCAUGUAUUUGCGUCGCUGGCAGCAUUGCAGACAGCGCGGGGUUGCCGUCACCGCCAGGUGAACCACCGACAUCCAUCGAUUCGAUCAUUGUGAGCAGGUCGUUGCUAUCGAAUGCGACGUCCUUGAACUACUCAGACUCCACCCAAUUUUCCUCGGCCACUCAAAUGGCACUCGUGCGUCGCACCGGCAGUUUGAUCCACUUUCACUGGUUCCAACCGUUGACGACAACCCAUACACUCUACGCAAAUGGCAACAUCGUGGGAUUCGUCCCUGCAUAUCAAAACGAGUUUAAGCUUGGGGGGUUGGUAGCCGACGCGGUGUACUUUCUCGUUCUGGCCGAUCCAAGUGGGUCAAGCGGGGAUGACGCUCAGAUUCUCACCGCGUCGACAACAGAACCAGACGCACCGGACCCUCCGACGUCCCUUGAAGCAGCUACAGUGUCGGCAGGAUAUGCCGUCAUCUCGAUGGACUUGCCCUUGAACACUGGCGGAGUGCCAUUGACAACAUCGUUAAAUUGCUCCGUCAAGCACAACUUUGAUGAAUUCUACGUCGGUACUACCUACAGCAUCACCGAAGAUGAUGGCGACUUCUCCACCCUCGCUCAAAUCAAUGGACUUGAUGCCUCGACGAUGUACUUUCUGUCGUGCGCCGUGCAAAACGAGGCUGGCUAUUCGAGCACGCAAAGCGCGUCCAACAUUGCGUUCACCACGACCGCCGUGACACAGCCCAGCCGAUGCGACGCCCCUCAAGUCCAGAACAUCACCGGGGGCUCGAUCACAUUAACGUUUACACCUCCUGCAGACACAGGAGGGUCUCGUAUCCUCAGCUAUCGCUUGUUCGCGGCCGUGAACGACUCCCCGUUGUUUGACGAAAUUGCUGUCACGUACGAUCCCGUGCUCACGUUGUACCAGCUCGAGGACGGCCACCCGUUCACCUCCAACACCACCUACUCAUUUCGCGUCGUGGCGGAGAAUUGGGCGGGAUUGUGCUACCCCCCGGGCGAUACAUCGUUUCUCAGCGACUCGUUAGUCGUGACGUUCCCAGAGCCGUCCUUUCCCCCGGAGAUCCUGCCGCCAUACGUGACCCAGGCCGGCGCGUCCACGCUGUCUCUGCAAGUCGUGCUUGCGGACGACAUGUACGGUAUUGCACAUGUCUGGGGGUACGUCGUGCAGUGGAAACCUACGGAUGGCUCGCUUUGGAACGCCGUCUACACCCCUGCGGACGAUUUCAACUCGUUUCGGUUUGUCCUAACCCGCCUCAACGCGUCGAUGUCGUAUCACGUGCGCACGAUCCUGUCCACAAACUUGGGAUAUUCGUCGUUUAGCUCAAUCGUGGUCGCCACCACCACCCCAGGGGCAAGUCCAGACGCGCCUCAAGAUGUGACAGUGACGCAGACAGGGGCCACGUUUGCCUACAUGGACUGGGUUGUUCCCGCCGACACCGGAGGAGGGCGCCUUGACGGGUUCAAACUGUACGUGGUGCCGACUUCGUUUUGGACGUCCAACGACACAACGACCUCCUUCAAACCAUCGGAAAUUAUGCGCUUGGAUACAUCGGAAGGGAUGGUGCACACUGAAAUCACAAGUCUCGCCCCCGACACCAGCUACAACGGGUCGAUUGUCGUGCGGAAUGAGUUUGGAUUGUAUUCGACAGUCGUGUGGUCGUUUGCAUUUUCCACGACCAGUGCCAGCACGCCGUCGACCCCUCAACGCUUUUUCGCGUUUGAAACCACCGGCGGAAUGCUGCAUUUCACAUGGAGCACACCUAUCAAUGAGGGAGGGGCCGGCAAGGUCACGUACGUUGUCGAGUGCGACGGGAUGGAUGGCGAUGGAGCGACACCGUACGUGCUGUGCUCCAACUCGACCACUUCGUGCAAGGCGGUUGGAUUGAUGGCCAGCACUGCGUAUAUCGUGUCGGUUCGAGCGCAGAACCGCCUCGGGUCAAGCGACCCCACGACUCUGCAACAAUUUACCACCACAUCCCAAACACCACCGUCGUCUGUACGGAAUUUAACGUCGCCCGUCGUCACGAGUGGUUUGGUGCAGUUGCAAUGGACGAUGCCUCAAGAUCUUGGCGGGGUGACCACGGUCGAGUACAUCAUCGAACGGAAUGGCAUCUACGUUGGCACAGCUUACAACACGACGACGUUCGCGGAUUGCACCAACGUUAUCGCAGGACAAACGUAUUCGUACGCAGUGGUUCCUGCAAGCGCAGCGGGGCGAGGACAAGCCGCGGUGAUCAGAGUUCGGAUGGGCAUUGUGCAGCCCCCUGGAGCCCCAACGGCAGUACUCGUCUUGGCCAAGGCACGAUCAGUGGUGGUCUUGUUUCAGCCGUCGUGCGAUACGGGAGGUUCGACGGACGUGCAAGGCUUCUACUCGUGGGAGGCAGUGCCAACGUUGACUUCCGUUGGCCCCCCGAAUUCAGUGGUGGCGACCAAAGCGGCGAAUUUCACGUUGAACGGUCUCGAUCCUGGGCGUCGGUACCGCCUCUUGGUGUGGGCGACAAGUGUGGGCGGAACUAGCCCCACGUUUUCCUUGGACGUGAUUACCCACAACGGCAUCCCGACAUCGGCAGGCGAGCUAUCACUGAACAUGGCGUCCAGCACGGAUCUGGAUGUGAUCGUGUCGCCGCCACCGAACUUUCCCGACGACGUCGUGCUGAGUUUGGUGUUGAAGAUCACAAAUAUGGCCAACGGGACGGUGUCGUGGAAGGUGCUCGACAACACGACCUUGAGCCCAAGUCACCUACGCCUGUUUGGGUUGAACCCUGCGACGGAGUAUUCGUUACAACUGACGGCCCAGAGCAAUCUCGGCACCAGCGCCCCCACCACCACAGUCAUGUCUACACUACCAUCCCAACCAGGCUACGUAUCAUUGCAAGACACGUCGCUGUCGAUUCUGAACGGGUCGUCCAACGUGAUGCUAUGGCUGAAUCGAUGCAACGGUUCGCAAGGAACAAUCGUCGUGUCGCUGGAAUUUGCCACCACUCCUGCAAUGUACCCCAGUUGCUCGUGCGCCGACAGUUGUGUGUGUGACUUUACAUCCGUGGCGCCAAAAACAACGCCAUUGCCUCCGAGCGUUGUAUUUUCCCCUUCCAGCCCAGCCAAAUCGGUCCUCCUGCGAACGUGGAACAGCGCCGUGGUGGACCAAGUCCCGCAUGUCUUGCGCAUGACGCUGACUUCAAAUAGCAGCACUGCUGGGCCCAACAACUCGUGUCUUGUGCUUUUGUACGGGAACCCAGGCUCGAUAUCUGCCGUGAUGCCAAAUUACACUGCCGUGGACACGACCGGAACGUUUUACAUCCCGUUGGUGCGACGCAAUGGCUCGAGUGGAAACGUUAUGGUGACACUCUCGGAUGUUGUGCGUAUCAUGGAUACUACGGACCCAUCUAGUGGCGACGACAACGAGAGUCUACCAUUUAAUGCAUGGAACACAUCAAUUAUCCUGGCACCUCGCCAAGUGAACGGGUCGUUUGGGCUAUUCAACAUCGUGCCCAGUGUGACCUACACACCCUUUGGACGACAAUAUGUGCUGACCUUUGACACGAAUGCUACCUUGGAGCAAUCACGAAGAUUCCAAGUGACAUUGCUGUUGACGGACGACCCGACGGUCCUGAAACUUCCUCUACCUAUCAUCCGCAAUGAGAUUACGUUACAACGUGCAACGGGGACCAUGUUGUCACUCACGUGGCCACGUCCGACCUACCCCGUCCUUGCCACGUAUAAGUUCACUGCAGAAAUCUCUGGACCGUACCAAUCAACCAUGGUGGACCCACGCCAAAUGAACUGGUCGUCGAUAGAAGUGUCCGAGGGUGAGGACGUGCCGCCCGAAGCGGCAUUUUUCAAUUUGGUGCCUCAAUCGGUGUACUUUGUUCGAGUCGCGCCAGUAAACGACGCGUACGUUGGCCCCACCACCACCGCCCACGCCUUUUGGACCACAACGCCCGGCCCAGCCAGCCAGCCUCUUGGUCUGACCAUAUCUCGAAUCACUGGGGGCUCCAUGGCCGUCGCGUGGCGGGCGCCGAUGGACACGAGUGGACUGGCGAUUGAAAGCUACGUGAUCAACGUGUAUGUAAAUGCGUCGUCGUUGAUUCGGUCUGCAACGACUAGCGCCACGUCGUACGUCGUUUCAAACCUCGUCGCGUCCACACUGUACACGGUCUUGGUUGGAGCCAACACCAAGUUUCCAGCCGUGUCGUUUGCGUCGGCGGCUAAUCGAACUGUCGUGGGCGGCACGGUCCCCGCAGCCCCGUUCCCUGCACAGGUGCAACAAGUGACUGGCGGUUCCUUGACCCUGUUGAUCGCUCCCUCGGACGACACGGGGGGCUAUGCUAUCACAAAAUACACGCUCUACAUCAGCCCCGCGGGCAAGAACGAUUUCACCAUCGCGUGCAGCUCCGGAAGUACGUCGUGCACGGUGAAUCGCCUGGCCCAGACAACCGAUUACGACGUUGUGACGACCACAACCAACCGAGUGGGGACAAGUGGAUUAGGUCCAGUCGCCCGGUUUCGAACGACGACACUGACAGUUCCCAGCUCGCCGCUGAACCUUCAACUGGUUGGUGCUACAGCAACCACCGUGUGGCUGAAAUGGACAGCCCCGCAAGACUUCGGCGGGUCUGUCGCUUUGGUUGGAUACCAAAUUCGCAUGCAAACGUACAUUGCGGAGUUGAACACGUGGACGCCGUUUGAACUCGCAUCUACAUUACUGCCCCUGGAUGGGCUCUCGACGCAAGGCAAGGUCGUCAACCUCACAAGCCAAACGCUAUACUCCUUUGCACUUGUUGCUAUGAAUCCUAUCAGCACGUGCACGGCAGCUGACAACUACGUCCCAUCUGGACCAGUCACAGUCCAAACCUCUGCACCAGGCAAACCUCAGCCGCCCACCGACGUAGUUCUUGUGGGGACGUCGGGAGGGUCGAUCUCACUCACGUGGAGCCCUCCAUUAGACGAUGGCGGCAUGCGCAUUACAGCCUAUGCUGUGUAUGCACCAGGGUUGGGUCGUCUGGCAACUGUCAACGACACGCUAUUCAUGAAGUUUGGUCUCCAAGCCAACACGACGUACUCGUAUUGGGUCACUGCCAUCACGAGCCAAGGCGAAAGCGUGCCCAGUGGCAAUGCUUCGGGCACGACCACAUCAAUAUCGGCUCCGUCUGCGCCUUUGAGAUUUGUUCAAGUGGGUGCUGCAGGUGGCCAAGUUGUGCUGAAUUGGGACCCGCCGGUUGACGACGGUGGCGCCGCUGUGUUUGGCUACAACUUGUACAGAGACGGAGCCUUGUUGAGCAGUCUUCCAUCGACGACCUCGUACACGGACAGCAAUGGCCUUCACACAAAUCAAACGUAUAUGUACGGGAUCGCUGCUCUGAAUCCACUUAGUGAGGGCGACCCGACUACGCUAACUGCGUUCACAGACACCACGCCUGGCACCCCUCAGGCCCCGCUUCUCACCAUAACCGGGCGAACGGGUGGCAUGGUGUCUGUCCUGACGACGUUGCCUACCGAUAUGGGAGGUGCGCCGCUCGAGAGUCUCCAACUGCAGCUUUUCGACACCGAGUCUCAUCUCCUCCAACAACUCACGUCGGAAGAAUCGUUGGAGUUGUCGUUUUAUGGACUGGCCAGUGCCACAGUGUACAACAUCCAAGGGCAAGUGGUGGUCACAGGGGGCGGCUCCAGUAAUGGAACCAUGAUACAAUUCAUGACGACCAAUACGACCGUGCCAAUGGCGCCGCCAACUCCCAUCUUAUGGAGCGCUAAUGGCGGAAACAUCCAGUUUUUGUUGACUCAGCCGAUGGACCGAGGUGGUGAAACGUGUUUGCUAAUCUUGAGUCACAUCUCCCUUGCAACGAACGAGUUUGAGCGACUUCCAUUCCAAGUGUCCACGUCCGACGUUGUGACUGUCAAAGGCCUUGAUGCCACUACGACACACCAAUUUUGGGCCACGGCGGUCAACUCGGCGGGCGAAAGCUCCAGCUCCCCCACAAUGUACGCGUCCACGAUAGAGAUGUCCGUCCCCGAACAAGUGGGAGGCGCGAUUCUCGUGACCGGUACAACGUACCGCAGCGUAAGUAUUUCGUGGAAUGAAGUCGUCGAUACUGGGGGGGACGAUACCGCGAACGUUCUGUACAACGUGUCUAUUUCGUCGUCCAAGGGAGGGACACGCUAUGUAUCGACAUCUUGGGCGAGUUUAAGCAUUGGCAACUUGACGGCUCAAACCACGUAUACCCUCCAAGUGCAGGCGAUCAAUUCAAUUGGUUGUGGGGUAUGGAGCAGCCCAAGCACAGCCACGACCGACUAUGCCGUUCCUGGCGUCCUUCAGUUCGUCUCGCAGACCGUGCAAGUGUUUGAAAACAUGACCACGGUCACAUUGAGCGUUGGGAGAACGUCUGGUACUGCUAAUACCGUAUUGUGUGCUUUUACAGCUUCGAGUGGGACGGCCACGACGCCCACCAACUACAUUCUGCCCGACUUGAACUCGUUGGAGUUCGUGGACGGUGUGACAAGCCAGACAAUUACGGUUCAGAUUGUCAACAAUGAUGUCGUGGACCCACCACGAUACUUUGACGUGACGUUGUCGUCCAUAUUGUCGGAAACAGGCUCGCUCGGGUCGAACAAAACGUGCCGGGUGGUAAUUCUCGACGAAGGCGACGCGGGCCAGAUCUGGUUUUCCGAUGUGUCGUAUACAAUUCUGGAAAGCCAAGCCACCGCCUUGCUGACCCUGCGUCGGUCGAUGAAUUACACCAGCGGGACUGUGUCCAUCCAACCAAAGUUUCGACAAGCCCAGACCGCAGUGACGUUCUCAUCCCCAACAGUCAUCUUUGAUGGCGGACAGACCACCGCAACGCUAACCCUUGCCAUCCGCCGAGACGGGCAAUACAAUUAUCCGUAUCGGACAGCUACGAUCGACCUAUCGAUUGCCCCUGAAAGCGCAGGCGACAUUGGGUAUCCAGACACGGCGACCGUGUACAUUGUAGACGACGUCGACGUAGCCCCCCCUGACGAUCUCGGUUAUGUGCCCGUGCAAUUAGACACGUCUGGUGGACGUAUGGUCAUUCAAGUGCCACCGCCACGACACGUUGGUGGGCUCAAUCAGUCGGUGGUGUCGUACAGGACCAAUAUGACCGAUUCAAGUGGGCGUUUGGUGUCCAUCCAAAGCCAAAAUAGCUCGGUGUUUACGUUUGUUGGGUUGAAUUUUUCCACGCGAUAUACCUUUGCCAGUUCUGUGACCAACCGUGCAGGAUUGGUCUCGAAUGGAAGUGGUCCUGUGAGCUGGACCACGGGCCCCAUGUCCCUGCCAUCCUCUCCGACCAAUAUCCGUGUUGUUGGAGCAACAGGUGGAUCAAUUGACGUGUGCUGGGGAGGACCUCUCGAUGCUGGCGGAAUUCCCAUCUCGGGGUAUCAAAUUCAAUAUGCUGACUCUGUUGUGUACAACAACACAGCGCUGUGCGCUCAUCUGUCCAACCUUGCCUUGCAGGCCAACACCACAUAUCCGUUCAGCUUUUCAGCGAUCAACUUGGUCGGAGUGGGUGUUCCUGUGAUCGCAAUGCUGUCCACGGCAAUAAAUGCAUCGCUACCCAACGAACUAGGCUCACCGACAAGUGUGGUUCAAGUUGGAGGGGACUCCUUGAUGAUACAGUUACCGCUUCCUGCUGAUACAGGCGGGACGGACGUGCUGCGGUACUUGAUAUACAUCAACACGACCAACUCGUCCGACCAAACAACGACCACAACGGUAUUUACAGAGUUCGCGAUCAACACCACGAGGCGCAUUGUGUUGCCUCGAUUGACGGCGGAAACUACUUAUGCAGUCAGAUACACGGCGUGGAACAAACUGGGCGGCAGCAACGUUAGCGGCACAUUCAUGUAUAUCACUGGUCCGGCCACCAUUCCUUCCGAGCCGACCAACCUUCGACUGGAUCGCUCGUUGAACUCGACUGGGGCGUGCAUCCCCCUUCGUUGGGACCCGCCCACGUCGAAUGGCGGCAUUCCGCUCGCCGAAUAUCACCUUUACGUGGCGAAAUCACCCACCAAUGGAAAUGCGAUGCAAACCAACCUCACGUUCACCGAAGUGUACGUUGGUCCGGCCUCUGUCACAUCGACCAUCGCGUGUGGGUUCGACCAGCGAAGCUCGUACGUGUUCAAGGCAGUCGCGUUCAAUUCCAAGUCGUUUUGCUUUGGAAGCGCCAGUGACAUGCCGUUCAGUCCGGUGCUGGUUGCGUCAACGACGAAUGCGAGUGUGCCGUCUCGUCCAGACACCCCUCAAGUUGUGUCGUCCACGGGAGGCAUGGUCACGUUGGCGUGGUCCGUCCCCAAGGACAGCGGCGGUACCCCCCUGACAAGCUUUGACGUCAACUUGAUCGCGUCUAACGGAUCGAUGCUGGUCCAACGACUCACAGGGUCGGAUCUCACGUAUGACGUUGCUGGCUUAGACGAAUUCAAAACGUACGAGUUUCAACUCGUCGCUCGAAAUGGGAUCGGGGAGAGUGCGCCAAGUCCGAUUGCGUUCGGUCGCACGACCGCCGCGACGUCACCUACCAAGCCGCUCAACUUGACUGCCGUGAAUCGAACGGGGGGGUCGCUCUUCUUGUCGUGGCAACCACCUCAGGACUCCGGCGGGCGUCCGAUUGCAAGCUACUUUGUCUACCGCGAUACUGUCAGAGUUGGCGACUCGCAAGGCAGUACAUAUUACCUCGACCAAGCCAAUUUGCAAGCGGACACGACGUAUGCAUACUUUAUCAUUGCGUACACCAACAUUGCGUACGGCCGACAAAGCGACACAUUGGUCACGAAGACUGCAGCGGGGACGCUGCCCAACUCGUGUACGGACGUGACUGUCCAAGCCACAGGGGGGUCUCUGUCCGUGUCGUGGGUGGCACCACAGAACUCGGGCGGUGUGCCGAUCAUAUCGUACACGUCAGUGCUUCGUCUUGGCGGCAAAGAAGUUGGGCGACUGACGACAGCCAAACCCACAGCCACCUUCAGUUUGCUGCAGUUUACGACCACGUAUGUGUUUGUCGUGAAUGCCACCAACACUGUCGGGUCCGGUCCGGCCGCGCAGGCGGUGUUGAAAACGACAAACUCGAGCGUGCCUGGCGCCCCCACCAGUCCUCCCACGUUGGUGUCGGUGUUUGGAGGAAAUGCGACGCUGUCGAUGGACGUACCACCCGACACUGGCGGCGAAACCACACGCUUGAACUUUCUCGUGUACCAAAAUGGCCAACUCGUGCUCAGUGUGCCAGCGUACACUACCACGGGAACCCUUGGAUCUAUCUACGGCCUCACAGCCAACACCGUGUAUCAAAUCCGCUACGCUUGUUCCAACGUGGUUGGGGCUGGACCAUCCAGUCCAGUGUUGGAGGUGGCAACUAGUCUUCCCAACGCACCAGGGAUUAUGCGCGCCCCGACCGUCGCUGGCACGACGUCGCGUACGGUGCGCUUGAAUUGGAUUCGCCCGGUCGAUUCUGGUGGGAACGCUGUGCUUCGGUACGAAGUCGAUGCUGGUGGAUCCAGUUGGAUCUUCGUCAAUGUCACGGGGGGCGUUGUCACGUCGCUGCUACCCGAGACAGUCUACAAUGUUCGAGUGCGUGCCGUGUCGACGACAACCGUCGCCCAACCGGGUUUGUGGAGCCCAUACAUGCAGAUUUCCACGGCGCCAGCCUCCGCCGGCGUAUUUUCGUUCGGCGUGGCGAUGUCGUCGGUGCUUAAAAAUGCCUCGACCUUUGCGUUUCCGAUUUCGCGGCUCGGAGGAUCAGUUGGCGCCGUGUCGGUCACUCUGACGACGACGCGGUUGGACCUCAUUGGCACCCAGCUCGUUCUAAACCGCGACAGCCCCACUGCGAGUCGUCUGGUUGUGGACUUUGACGAUGGGGUGGUUCAAGUGAUUGUUGAGGUUGGGAUCAUCAACGAUCGAGUGUACGUGGCGGACGGUGUAUCCAUCGACUUGAAACUGGUGGACCCGACGAAUUUCGCCGUUUUGAGCAGCGACUUCAACGUGACAACCCUCGUGCUGUUGGAUGCGGGUGCCGCUGGACAGAUUAGUUUUGCCAGUGCGUCUGCCUCUGUGCUCGAAAGUGCAUCGGUGAUUGUGCUCCCCCUAACGCGGACGGGCGGGGCCAGUAGCGUCGUCCAAGUCGUAGCAAGGGCCAGUCAAAAUGCUGCCAACAGCAGCUUCUCGUCGGCGGUGAUCGGCGCCGAUUUUCGAUUGCCAUCGACACCGAUUCGUUUUGACGACGGCGAAACAAAGGCAAAUGUUUCUGUGAUCAUUCGCAACAACAACGUGUACAACUUUCCAAGUUUGACGUUUACCCUCCAGUUGGUGACGUUCUCUGGAGGCGCCAGUAUUGGAGAAAACAGUACCGUGAUCGUGACACUGUUGGAUGACGGAGACUCGUCCCCCCCUUCGGCACCGGGGCGGCCUACGCUUGCAUCCGUCACGGGUGGUGCCGUCGAGUUGUUUCUAACUGAACCGGCGAACAAGGGCUACAAAAACGCAGCUGUGGUCAUGUACUUAGUCUCGAUCGUGAAUUCGACGUCCACGACGGUGCUGUAUCCAAGCGCCAAGACAUCGUGGGUGGGUGGCUUCCUAGCCAACUCAAAUUACGCGCUGGUCGUCCAAGCUGCCAACGACGCAUUCAAUCCAAUCCGAUACGGUGCUAGUAGCCCCGUGCUGUCCUUUACGACCGGCAAUCCUUCGAUGAAUGGCCCCGCAACAUCGCUUCGCGUUGUAGCCAGCACGGGGGGGUUGUUAAGUAUGGCAUGGUCAGAUCCAGUCGACACUGGUGGCGUGCCCAUCCAACGCUAUCGAGUCAAGUGGAUCGACGGUCGAGGCAUUGUACAGACUGGCGAAACCUUGACGCCCAACUACAUUAUCUACCAACUGUGGUCGAAUACGUCGUAUACUGUGCAAGUUCAGUGCAAUAAUGGUGUCCCCAACGCUUUAACCCACGGGUGGGGACCCUACAGUCCUGCGCAAUCGUUUCAAACAAGCGAUGCGUCGCUACCUAGCGCCCCUGUUCAGUUACUACCCAGCCCUAUACGCUCAGGCGGCAGUGUCACCAUGACGUGGACUCCCCCCGACGACACUGGGGGAAUCAACAUUUCUCGAUACUUUGUGUUGAUGAAGUUGUGGAAUGAAACCAACUUCUACCUAUCCCCAAACCAAUUCCAAGUCGAGCCCACGCGGUACACAGUGUCUGGGUUGUACGCCCAGACAGCGUACAACUUUCGAGUGUUGGCGCAAAAUACCAUGGGCCAUGUCCUGUUACCCGGCUUGUUCAAUAUCAGCUCCAAGGCGUCGGUGAUUUCGGCGUCUGCUGAUGUGGGCACUUCCUGGAUCCGUCCCGGCACCGCCAUUCUGAUUGGAAACUUCUUCUUUACGACCGGCCGGACCAUGACGAGGAAUUUGAUUUCAGUCACGACGCCCCACAUGUUUGCCAGCAUCACGAACGCCAUGGGCAUGCUAGUUGGCGAGCCCAGUGCCAGCAUCAACAUGACCACGUCGUACCCAACGUUGCCGGAAGCCCCCCAAGUUCCGGUGAUUACUCGAGUGACGGGUGGUGCAGCGUACGGAUACUUGGUUUCCCCUGUUGACACCGGGGGAGUCCGCGUGAGUGGAUUUAGAGUGUACUUUACCGACUUGACGACAAACAAGGUCGUCGAGGCUGUCACAAGCAACGACGACGACGCCUCUCCAGUGGCAGGACAACCGCUGGCGAGAAACGAGACUUUCCGCAUCACUGGCCUUGAACCCCAGCACUGGUAUCGCCUUCGGGGUCUCGCCUUGAAUUCGUUUUCCACGUGCACGAAUGAAUUGGCCCCGACAAGCCCAAGCAUUGAAUUCCAGACGACCGCGGCGACAAUUCCAGACCCCCCCGAGAAUUUGGUGGUGGUGUUGGCCACGGGAGCUGGCUUCAGCUUUGGUUGGGACCCCCCCAUGGAUACAGGGGGUGUCCACAUCACCCAGUACACCCUCCAGCUGUUCAACGAAUCGACGCAAGCCUGGAAGACAGUGUAUGCCAACACGACGACCAGUUGCCGUGUGGCAAAACUGGCAACCAAGACGUGGUACCGCUGGCGCAUGCAAGCUACAAACAUCGCAGGCACGUCGAAUUACUCGCCUACGUAUUCCUUUCAAACCUCAGUGGUGAGCGCUCCUGGUCCUUGUCGUCAGCCCAAUCAGAAAGCAUUCACGGGUGGCAUGAUCUCGGUAACUUGGGACCCUCCAGACGACAAUGGCGGGUCGGACAUUGUGUCGUAUAUUUUGGAGUACUACAACCAAGUUGGCGGUCCGUCGCUGAGAGUGGUGUCGAAAUCCACGAGCGCGAACGUGUUUGGCCUCCGCGCCAGUACGUCGUACACGAUGAAAGUCACGGCCGUGAACCGCAUUGGGGCCGGGGAAUCAGGCGCGGAAGGAACACUGUCCACCGGACCUCCGUCCCCGCCCGAAGUGCCGGAACCGCCUGUGAUUACAGAGUCGUCGGGAGGGGCGCUCAAGAUUUCGAUGAAGGCCCCCUUGGACAUUGGGGGCGUCGAUCCUGCCUCGUUGUUUUACGAGAUCUACGCCAAUGGCUACCUCGUGCUCAACAUUUCGUACGCCGAACUCAUCGUUGCGGACCAACAGUCGUCGGGCGGCACUAGUCAACGUCGGCUGCAAAGUCAAAGCAACGGCGUGACGGUGGGAGGGUUGGAUUCAAACACAAAGUACCAAAUCAGCGUGGCAGCGUCCAGUCCGGCAGGGUCGAGUCCCAAGUCGAUCCAGCAUGAAAUGGCCACAUCGUCGGAGACGGUCCCCGGUGCUCCCGCGGCUCCUUAUGUGAUUCAAGCAAACGGGGGAUCGCUAGUCAUCGGGUGGACUUCUCCAGCAGAUGAAGGCGGGGCUUCUGUCAGCUUGUUCCAGUUGUAUAUCGGGUCGAACGCAUCCACACCCGCGUGCGAAGGACUUGUGUGGCAAUGCACUGUCACAGGCCUCAUGUCAAAUUCGGCGUUUGAGUUCUACGUUGUCGCGCAAAACAGCAUUGGUGCUUCGUCUCCAAGUGGUAUUCUGCAAGCGAAGACGUCGCUACUCUCAGCGCUGGGGGCUCCUCAGGCGUUGCGUUUGGUGUCACUCACAGCGGAUGGCCACGGGGCAUCCAUUGCGUGGUCGCCACCUCUAGACACUGGCGGGUUGCUGGUGUCGGGGUACACUUGCACAGCGGAACACACUGUCGACCACACGACUGUCAGCGUCACAGUGCCAACAACAAGUGCACAGUUAUUGCAGCUGGCUCCUGCCGCCGCUUAUACUGUCACGUGUAUCACGACAAACAUCCAAUUUGAUAAAAGCACGCCGAGUGGUAUCGUGACGUUUACCACUCCUUCCGGCAACGGGUCGCCCAGCGCCCCCAUCGUCACAUGCGUGAGCAAGUCGGCGUUGAGUUUGCAGUGGCAGCCGAUUGCUGAAGCUGCGAGCUACACAUUGUAUCGCAAUGGGGCGUUGAUUUAUGCAGGACAAGCUACGGCAUUUUGGGACUCGGAUCUAGCUGACUCGACGAGUUAUUCGUACGACUUGAGUUACCUGACAACAGGUCAUGUUGAGAGCGCAAAAACCAGCUCAGUGUUCGCAACUGGGACCAAUUUGACUCCGACCUGUACCAGCCAAUCUGGGUACAUCAACCAAGGAACGUAUCACCCCAGUGCGAGACAAUCGUGGAUGAUCACGCCCGCGAGCGGUGUCUUCAAUUCGAUCUUGCUUCAAUUUUCGCGCUUUAACGUGGAGUGCGACCACGAUGUGGUCACGGUGGAGCAUUUCCCUUACGACGGAACGUCCGUCUUGUGGUCUGGCGGAUGUACACGGGCCAACACGUUCUCGCUGUACAGCGCCCAGCCCAAUGCCUCGCUGAAAAUCACCCUCGCCUCCGACCCGUCGGUCCAAAACAGUGGCUUUGAGCUCAUGUACAGCGUGGACGCUGACCCUCCCUCGUCCGUGUUCCCGUCGUGUCCGCAAAAGUCGGGCCAAAACGUUUGUAGCAAUCAUGGCGUGUGUACUUCCACAGGCGAAUGCAAUUGCAAUCUAGGGUUCACCGGAGAGGACUGCAGCAAUUACGUCAUUUGCUGCACGGAUCCAACCGUGUGCCACGAUCAAGUGUGUGAUAUGCGACCCCAGGAUAUCAUUUUGGUGUCGACCACUUCGGGCGACGAUGUCGAAGGCACGGGGGAACUCAUGGGCGUCGGAGAUGUCGGCGGAACCGCCCCUAAACCAUUUGCCACGUUGACGAGAGCAAUGCGUGCUGCGACGAAUGCCAGUGUCAUUCUAUUGUACCCUGGCGUGUACUCCGACAUUGGAGAUUGCUCGUUGUCAUUUGCACAGCAACAAGUGGACAUCCGGGGAUUCUUGGGGUCGAACUAUGUUACAUUGAAUUGUUCCACGUCUGGAAUGAUUAUGGAAGCUUGCAAUGCCAGUGUUCGAGGACUCACGGUCCAGAAUAUCCAAUCGGGUUCGUCUGGGGCGGCCUUUCACGUGCACCAAACUGAGCUGUCGUUGAGAGACGUGCAGGUUCGCAAUUGCCGAAGCAGUGCAGACGGCGGUGGCAUCUAUUCCGAUCAAUCUGCGAUCACCAUGACUAGCUCUAGCAUCACCAAUUGCUCUGCGCUCCACGGUGGCGGCAUAUUCGCGACGACCAGUCAACUUUCGCUCGCGUCGACCUUCAUUUCUUCCAACCGUGCAACCGACGGGGCAGGGGUGUACGUCACAGGAACGUCCGAAGUACGUGGCGACGGAGCUAUCAUUGCAGGCAACAUGGCAAACAAUAUUGGCGGUGGCGUCGUUGCUCAUGGGGUUGCGAUUGUGUCUGGAGUCACAAUUGCGUCCAAUUCGGCCACAUUUGGGGGCGGCGUGAGCUUGGACGGCCAAAUGGAUCUGGGUCAAGUCUUGGUGGACUCGAACCGUGCGAGUCGCUUCGGCGGCGGUGUCUACACCCUUGCCGAACUGGUGUUAACCGCGACGGACGUGGUGGUCUCCAACAACGCAGCGGUGGAGCGCGGCGGGGGGCUGUAUCUUCACAACACCACAUGCUCCAUCGUAGGGAGUGGCUGCUUGUUUCAAAGCAACGCGGCUCAAGAUGGCGGUGGGGCGUACGUGGAUGCUUCACGUGCAUCGUGGGACCAUGUUGUGUUUAAUGCUUGCAACGCCACGACGACGGGCGGAGGUGGCAUCGCAACGUUUCAGAGUGACCUCUUCGUUUCCCACUCGACUGUGGACGGCAAUUUCGCUCGUCUGGGGGGAGGGAUGUGUGCAUCCGGGGGCUCGAAAGUGACGCUGGUGGAAGUGGACAUUGUGAACAACAUGGCGAGAUUUGGUGGCGGGAUGGCCAUCGACCGAUCGGAAGUCGUCGGAGGGGUCCUUCGCGACAACCUCGCAACUGAAGGCGGUGGUGGCAUCUUUCUCAGCGACGGCAUGCUCUCGGCCGCCAACAUUGACUCGUCCGCCACUUUGGGGCACGGGGGUGGCGUUUAUGUUACUGAAAGCGCCUUCAACUCACUCACCAAUGUUCACGUGACCGAGGCGACGAGCAGCGGCAACGGAGGCGGCAUGUAUUGCGAAAACUCUAGCGUGGCCCUGACCAACGUGAGUUUUGUUCGGAACAACGCCAGUCAACACGGCGGUGGUGUCUUUUUACAAGAGACGACAUUGACUGGACGGUGUUACGCCACAAACUGCACCGCCGCAUUGUCGGGCGGCGGGCUUAGCAUUGCAGGCGCCGUGGGCAUCGACGCAGUAUACAUUGCGUUUUCAACAUCCAUUCUUGGGGGCGGCUUUUCCGCCAUCGACGCCAUCUUUGUGGUCCACCAUGCAACGCUUGAGGCGAACGAGGCGCGUCAGAAUGGCGGCGGCGGCUUUAUCCGCAACUCCCAAGGAGUCCUGGACGAUUGGACAGUUCGAAGUAACGAGGCGGGAGUGCUGGGCGGUGGAUUGAUGGUUGCAAACUCCAACGUCCAGCACAACCAAGUGUUGGUGGCGGAUAACCAAGCCACCGAGUUGGGUGGGGGGAUUUAUGUGGACGGAAGUGAAUUCCAACCUGUGACUCCAGGAACGUUGUCCAUCGUACAAGGCAACAAUGCGUACCGAGGUGGGAACAUCGCGUUGGCCGGGGAGUCGGAAUUGGUUGGACUGAACGCGACAAACGGGCUGGCAGCGUACGGAGGUGGCAUCUACGUUGCCAACGCGACGUGCCAGGUGGAAGGACUGGUCGUUCUGGCCAACACCGCUUUCAACAACGGCGGGGGGUUCUUUAUCCAGUCGUCGACGUGUUCCGUGUCGAACACUCUCGUGCGACGCAACGGCGCCGUGUACGGGGGUGGCGUGGUCGUGUCCGAUGGCCUGGUGCAGCACUCGAACACAACGAUCGUUCAAAACGUGGCAGGAUCUGCUGGAGGGUUGUUCCUCGACGGGUUGUCCACAUUUCACUUGACUGACGAUCAAGCAGGCAUCUCGACCACGAUAUCUGACAACCAAGUGUGCGCGACCAAAUGUGGCAACGGAGGCAACAUUGGGGUCUUUGAGUACUCGGACGCGAGCCUGUCGGGGCUCGUCGUGUCGAAAGGAUCGAGUGAAUAUGGAGGCGCGAUGUUUGUCUAUUUUGGCAGUUCGGCAGUCGUGACCGACUCGAGUUUCGAGAACAACGUGGCCAACUUUGGCGGCGCUUUUUCCGCGUACGAGCGGACCAACACUUCGUUUGUCAAUUGCUCGUUCGAGGACAAUUCGGCCAGGACUAGCGGCGGCGCCGUGUAUAUGCCGUUUCCGAUCAAUUGGGAUGAAUCCAGCGCCGUGAGCUUGUUCCAAAGCCGAUUGGCGAGAAACAAGGCACUUAAUGGCAUGGGGGGGGCUAUUUGCAUCCGCAACGUUAUCCUCGUUGCUGACCAAGUUGUUUUGGAGUUCAAUCAAGCGAUCGGGAGUGACGGUGGUGCCCUGUAUGCAACCGGAGGGUCGGACGUUACGUUUCGACGUAGCCGCCUGGUACAGAACACUGUCACACCAGGACACAGCGGAGGGGCGAUAUCUGUAACAGGACAAAGCAAGAUUCUGAUGGCGGACUCGCACGUCGAAGGGUCUGCGUUAUCAAGUGAAAACUCAGCGUCGGAUGGGGGGUUGAUCAACAUCGAGCAAGCCAGCACGGCAGUCGUGAUGGUGAGAACCUCCCUCGACGUCGGCUACGCUGAUUUCGGCGGCGGCGUAUUCAUCAGCGACGGUCGACUGGACAUGACGGACUCGACAAUUUCGAAUUGCAAAUCGUGGCAAUUUGGCGGCGCACUGUAUUUAACGUCGACCGCGACGGUGGUGCUAUCGAAUUCGUCCAUCCUCACCAGCGACGCCAUGUACAGCGGCGGUGGCGUCUACGUUGAAGCCCAAUCGACGUUCACAGCUAUCUCGUCCACGCUCGAAAACAACUAUGCCGACGAUCAAGGGGGCGGCAUUUUCGUGGCGAUUGGAAGUGGCAACGUGUGCGUUUUGACUGGGUGCUCCGUCCGUCAUAACAUUGCCAGCGGGCUCGGUUCAGCUGUGUUUGGCAGCCGGGACAGCCAAUUGGUUGCCACCAACACGCUAUUCGAAGCCAAUGGCGGCGCCACGUUUUACGGAACCAGUGAAGGCGGCCCGUUGUACUUUGAGUCGAGCUUUGCAACGUUGAGCGAUUGCACGAUUGCUGGCAACAUUGCGUCCAACGGAGGUGCGCUGCAGAUUCAAAACACGGCCGACGUGGCAGUCCUGCGAUGCGAGUUUUGGAACAACACGGCGCUGGCGAGUGGGGGCGCUAUGUAUCAAAAGAACGGCGUCACAACUGUCGCGAAUACAUCGUUCCAGUACAACGUCGCUCCCAGCGGCGGCGCCAUCUACUUGGACGAGUCGUCUGUAUCGACGUGGACCAACGUGUCGUUGAAUGCAAAUACAGCGGAUAGCGGUGGGGGCGCUUAUAUUGGCGGGAGUUCCAAGGUCACGUAUCAUGGAGGACAAAUGACAAGCAACCGAGCCAAUUUGGGUGGAGGAAUCUUUGCGAGUGAAAACGCCGUAUUCCUGGCCAGCAGCAUUCAAACUCGAGCCAACGUGGCGCUGCAAAGUGGCGGCGCAUUUUACCUGAACGACACAGUGAAUGUAAACCACACGGAGCUCGAGUUUGUUGCCAACGCCGCCCCGCUGGGCCGCGACGUGUUUUGGCGCUACGUCCAAACAUCUCCUAGCUACGCGUGCGCCAAGAAUUGCACGUUUGACAGAACCUCAGCCGAGCCAGCCAUUGCCACGGACCCCAUGGCCAUUCGACUGGGCUGGUGGCCUCCAUAUGCCACCAGUGGCGUGCCCAUGACUUCGUCGAGCCUAGAAAACGUCACAUUGGUGUGGGACAACGCGACCAACUCGAGCGUACCGUGGCCGACCGUCCUCGUGGUGGAUUUCUACGGUCACCGCAGCAUUCUGGACAACUCGACUGUGUGCCGCGUAUACAAGAAAGCAUCCGAGCUCGUGAAGAUCAUGUUUCUGCCCAACUCCCAAGUGGCGUCCAGGUUGGGCUUUGUGAGCUUUCAAAACGCCGAAGUGCAGACCGACCCGAAGGAAGCGCCGUUCGAAAUGACGGUUGAAUGCCGACUGUACAACCACCAAACUCGAGCUCUCGAUUUGAACAUCAAAGUGCAGCCGUGCGACCCUGGCUACAUGCUCCAAACCCAGAAAUGCGUCCAGUGUGCUCAAGGAACAUUCAGUUUGGACGGGUUGACCUGUCAUUCGUGUCCGUUGGGGGCGAAUUGCGAAACGAUUCAAACCGUGGGCACAGGACAGUUGACGAGCGGUGUGGCGUUCCCGUCCACCCAGCAGGGCUACUUUUUGGCCGACGCCCCGCCCACAACCGUUCAAAAGCUGUGCGACAUUGCCCAGUACUUUCCGUCGGGGGAUCCGUGUCCUGGAGGCACCGAUGCCGACCGCCUCGAUCGCAUGCGGCGGUGCAUGAACGACACCAAUUUCAAGCUGCAUUGGGACGAAAAUCGCAUCUUCACGUGCUCGUCAGGGUUUAUGUUUUACUCAUGUCCCGUGACGGAGGCAUGCAAGGGCAGCAUCUCCAAGUCCGAAGUGACGACGCACCUCGGCCACGUGUGCCAAGAAGGCUACACAAGUCCGUUGUGCGGGUCGUGCGAAGCGGGCUAUCAAAAGAUGGACGACGGCACGUGUAUUCCAUGCGACGACGUGUCUCGAAGUGCAUUUUAUGGCUACGUGACGAUUCCGAUUCUGAUGGUCGUGGUGGGACUGUACGCCAUCGCCCUGUACUUGCACAAAGACACUGACAAGAUGCUCAUGGCCCAAGCCCGAGCGGCCACGGAACACAAGACGUUUGUGCCUCCGCUGUCAACGUCAAAGCUGAAACCUGCGAUACGGCGCGUGGAAAAGACUGUGCAUCGAACGUGGAAGCGACUUACAGCGUUCGUUAAGGCGCGCCCGUUCAAGAAGAAAUUGUCGAAAAAUCUGUUUGGGAUCCAGCGCAUGGCGCUGCCCACGGUGGGCUUUAAUGCCGAAAAGUUCAAGAUCCUGCUCUCGUUUUUCCAAAUCUUCUCGAAUCUGAAAGACACGUACCAAAUCGCGUGGCCCAAAGACGUGGCGAAUCUCAUGGCGGCCGUGUCCAAGUUCAACUUUGGCUUUAUGAGCAUCCCCCACUUGGAUUGUAUGAUCGCGUUCAAUUACUAUAGCGACUUUCGGCUGACGCUGGCCACGGCAGCCGUGUCGUUUGCCGCGUUGUACCUGGCGUUUCGGUGGGGGGUGUUUGUGUACAAGCGCAAGCUGCACAAGAUUCCGCGCCUCUGCACCGAGUGCGGCCUCCCCAACACUGAAAUUUCCACGGGCACUCGGAUUUCGGCGAUGCGUCAGUUUGCCAUGGAAAUCGAGCGCGAUCGGCACACAUCCAAGCUGAAAAAGAUCCUGUCGAGGCUCUUGUUGAGCAUUGAAAAGGACGAAGUCAAGAACGCCAUGCCCACCUACACGUCCAAGCACUCGACGUGUCCGACCUCCCAACGCGUCACCGACGAUGCUCUACGACGUAAGAUCGUCCACACCAACAUCCAGCUGUGGCAAGCGCGCGUCAAGUUGCGCUUUAACUUUCGAACGUACUCGGACAAGUGCAUGAAGAUCUUCUUUUGGCUGGCGCUGUUUAUGUAUCCGUCCGUGAGCCAGAAAGUGCUCAACAUGUUCAACUGCGCCCAAGUGGGCCUGGGGUCGUUCUUGGUGUCCGACAUGACACUGCAGUGCACCGACGGGUACUGGUACUCGCACGCGAUUGUAGCCGUGGUUGGCAUUGUCGUGUGGGUGUUUGGGGUGCCGUUCUACUGCUGGUCGAUUUUGUUUCAAGAACGAAUGGCGGGGGUGCGUCUCCGCAUGCGCCUGCUCAAAGACAACAAGCACGAAGUCCUUCGUCAAAAGUGGAUUGCCAAAAUGAAAGACGAUUACAAAGCCAGCGGCAAGUACUGGCACAACAACUACGACUCGUUUGUCAACAUGCUCCUUCCCGAGUACAUGAAGAAGCGUAAUAUGGAGCUACCCAGCACCAUUGCGCGCGUCGGGUUCAUCUACGCAGCAUACCAAGACUCGUUUUGGUUUUUUGAAAUCGUCGACUUGAUCAGAAAACUGCUCUUGAAUGGCGUCUUGUCCUUUGCCGAACGCGGGUCCGUCAACCAAAUCGUCAUUGGCAUGAUGAUCAUCUUUGCCUACAUGGCCAUCCUCUUGGCCGUGCAGCCGUAUAAGAACCGGUCUAACACGCUCGUGGCGUCCAUGGCCCAGCUUCAAUUGUUUGUGACGCUGUUUGCGGGGCUGUUGAUUAAAAUGAACGUCGGGAAAGCGCAGUCGCUCGACAUGUCAACGAUCAGCUCCGUGAUCAUCGUCACCAACAUCGCGGCCAUUUCCAUCACGUUGAUCGAAGCCGUGCGCGAAAAGUACUUGGAGCGCAAACGCUUCAAGCAGAUUCGCAAGCGAAAGUACCAAAAUGACCUGCGCUACCACGUGCAACGCUUGUGGUGGCGCGCAAUGACGUAUGCCGUGGCCGAAGUGUAUUUGCAGCGACGUCACGACGAUCCAUCCGAGGAUGUGCUGCUGCCGUCAUUCCGAGUCGUGCUGGAGCUCGCGAGGCGUCAAAGGGCAGCGACCGACCGCCAAGUCGUCAACUCACCACCCCCUGACGAAGCCCCCGUUGUGCCCAUCAUCGAUGCGAACGACGUACUGGUGGUGACUUCCACCGAGUCCAAGCAACCGAUUGAGUAAUUGAUACAUGCAGCACUAUGAAUACACUACUAGUACGUAGUUCGUACAUGGUGAUGCCUUGUCAAAGUCUAAGUAUAAAAUAAUACUAUAUAUUUUUGAGAGACAAA